UAAGAAGACCUUUAGAAAAAUCUUAAUAUGUUAAUGCUUGUAUGAGAGAAUUUAGACUUAAUAUGUCGCUUUUUAAAGCUGUUCUGUGCUUACUUGCAGUUAUAUUGAUGCUCUGAGCAUGAGACGAGGAUAGUUCAGCCGGUGUCAGUCAGGGAGAACUUGAAAAACAUUAAUGGAAGCAUAUAGAUGAUAUCAGAUUAGACGAGGUAAGCAAUUCAGACAGCAUCAGGAUUAUUAUUAUUGAUUCAAAAAGAAAUCGUAGAAGACUUAGCUCAACUAUAAGUAAAUUUCUUUCAAUUUAUAGAAUCUUCUCCUGUUACUAUCGACAAUAAUUCAACUAUUUCAAUUGCUGUUCAGAACUACACCCCAGGGAAGUUUUUAGCAGCAACAUUUGGAAAUCAAUGAACAAAUGCUUCAAGCCUUGGCUGCUCUGCAGUCUUUGUUUAACAAACAGUCCUUGAUCAGAGGAUUCCAGUUGUAAUGAGUGAAAGCUCAGGAAAUUAUUCUUGAUCUUACAGUGUCGCUCGCCAAGGAAAAAUGUCAAUAAAUAUUUAUGAGCUUAAUCAACAGGUAUAUACAAGAUAUUUCGACAAUAUUUACUAUAAUGGGAGUCCAAAAUCAAACUUUAUUUCAAAUCUCAAUCGGAAUUGGGGAGGAGGGAAUUUAGUGUCUUCUCAGUCAGAUAAUGUGGGGAUCAUAUAUGAUUUUUAUUAUUAUCCUUCCUCCAUUCAAGACUUACAGAUUCUUGUUGAGGCUGAUAACACAUCCACAUUGUAUUCAUCCGACAGGAAUGUCACAAUACAAAGUGAAACAUCUUCAUUAAUUCCAGUCGAGCAAAGGAGACUAUACCAAACUCAAAUAAGAUAUGCUGAAUACGAUGGACAAGCUUACCUGAAAGUUUCUCAGUCAGAAAACUUUGGAGCUUUUGUGUCUAUUUCAAGUUCUCACUUAAAUUACCCGAAAACAAGGGUUUCUGUCUUCGAUUUAAUUAUUCACUGCCCAAAUGGGUUUUAAAGCAAUUUUACAGGAGUGACUCCUACAUGAGAGCCUGCUUGAGGAGACAGCCUCCUCGUCGAUGGUGAAGAAUGAGAUUACGGAAAUAUAGCUAACUCAGAUGAAUGAAGUGCCUCAUGAAAAAUAGAAGACAAUUAUGUUUGAACCAGAAAUCCUUCGAUAUCACGUGAUUUGUGAGGUCAAUGAACAUCAGGAUUUUACCAAAAUAGCCAGAAGAAUCAUUGAAUAACUCAGUGAGGGGACGGUCUUAAAGCAGGAAUUGAGUCCUGAGACGAUGGGAAUGCUCUUAGUUCAGAUGAUUGAGAUUUGAACUGAUCAAUAGAAGAAGACUCGAUUUGUAAUGGAGGUUCAAUAAUUUCCCAAGAUGUAUGAGGAGUAUGAAUAGCAGGCACUUCUCGAAAUAAAAAUUUAAUCUCUCAUAUUUGAGAAAACUUUUGUCUAAACAAGUAUAGAGCAAAAGAAGAGGAAUGAGAUGAUGAAAACACAAAGUUAGGGGAUGGAUGAAAUAAUAAGUGAGGAAUAGAAGACAAAUGGGCAUGAAAUGAAACAGAAUACGGAAACCCAGACAAUUGAUAUAGAAAAGGAAGAGACAAAAAAUCUUACUUCUUCUCAAAAGCAACAACAAAAAGCGACAUACGGAGCAGCUGGAGAAAAAUUAAUGAAUGGUUCGAUUAUGAACAGCCAAAUGAUGAGUUACUUCUUGCAGGAGUAGAAAAUGGAUCAGCUCUCUUGAAUCUAUCAGGCAAUAUAUUUUUCCAAGUUACUUUUGGUAUAUUUUUAUAUAAUUUUUUCUUCCUUGAAACUUAUUAAUACCAAAAUCCUAGGAAGACAUGAUUGAUGGGAGUAAUAAAAAUAGUUUCAAACUUCUUCACUUUUGAAUUAUAUUACAGAUUAUUUGUAGAGCCUUUCUUAAUGAUGAUUUUGACUUCAAUUUCGGAAAUUAAAAGAAGAGAAAUCACAAAUGUAGUCAUUCUGAAUAGUUUCAUUUUAUCCAUAAUUAUAUGACUGAUUGUUAUCAUCUUUCUACUAAUAAUUGGCCAACUAUUUUGUGCUAGAAAAUGCAAAUCUAAAUGGGUAAAGGGUUGGAAGUCUAUCAAUAAUGGACUUAAAAAGAGUAAUGCAGUAGAUUUGUAUCCCUUCCUAUUUCUUCUCAGAAGAUAAAUAUUUGUACUCAUUGUGAUUAGUAAGUAAACCCUCACAUUUUUAGUUCUAAAUGAUUUCAAUCUAUACAUCAGCCCAAUUGUUUCCACAAUUGUGACUACAAUCUAUGCUUGAUAUAUUCUGAUUAUCAGACCUUUAGAGACCCAAAGAUAAUCUUUUGGAGAUCAUUAAUGAGUUCUUUUACAUUGGAUUUUGUAUCCCAUUGAUAUUCCUAUCAAAAGAGAAAGACUGGACGAACAGAUCAGAGAAGACUUAUCUAUAUGCUUAAUAUUAAAUAGCUCAAUCACCACCUUCAUCUCAGUUAUACACCUGAGCAAGAAUCUUAAUAUAUCUAGUGUAUAUCAUCUGUAUCAGAUGAAUUAAUGUAAAAACCAGAGUAGGCAUGAAAGAAUGUUUAAAAAGAACCCAAAGCUUUAUAUUGAAAACGUGAACCUCAAAUUCAAAAAUCGUAAAAUUGAUUACAGAAGGACUAUAUUGAAGAAGAACGAGGGUUCUUUAAGCAUAUAAAAUGGUUAAGGCUCACUUUGUAGUGGUUCUGAAGCUCCUCAUAAUUUUAGUUUUGAGAAACCCGACUCUACUAUUCCUAAAAGGAUAUGGCAUUUCAUAAGAAAAACAAAACCCCAUAAUGACUUAAAUCAUAUAAUUAAUCAAAUCAUCUA